CUGGGUAAAGAUGGAUGUUCACGAUCUCUUUCACCGGCUUGGCGCGGGGGCCAAAUUCGACGUGAGACGCUUCUCUGCAGACGCAGCCCGAUUCCAGGUAGGAAAAAGGAAGAAUGACUUUGAUUCUUCAGAGGUGAUGCGGGGACUGGACUUUUUUGGAAACAAGAAGUCUGUCCCAGGUGCAUGUGGAGCAUCACAAACAUAUCAGGAGCUCCAAAAUGAAGAGAAAAAGGAGAACCUAACAGAAAGGAAGAGGGAGCAGAACAAGAAAAAGAGGAAGAAGAUGACUUCAGAAAUUACUUCUCAAGGAGAAGGUACUACUAUACAGUGGAUGUCAUCUGUGGAAGCAAAGAUUGAAGAUAAAAAAGUUAAAGGAGAAAAUAAACUAACUUCCAGAAAGUUGGAAUAUCUCAGAAAGGAAAAGAUAAAUUUCUUCCGGAAUAAACACAAAAUUCACAUUCAAGGAACAGAUCUUCCUGACCCAAUUGCUACAUUUCAGCAACUUGACCAGGAAUAUAAAAUCAAUUCUCGACUGCUUCAGAACAUUCUAGAUGCAGGCUUCCAAAUGCCUACUCCAAUCCAAAUGCAAGCCAUUCCAGUUAUGCUGCAUGGUCGGGAACUUCUAGCUUCUGCUCCUACUGGAUCCGGAAAAACUCUGGCUUUUAGCAUUCCUAUUUUAAUGCAACUGAAACAACCCACAAAUAAAGGCUUCAGAGCCUUGAUUAUAUCACCAACACGAGAACUUGCCAGCCAGAUUCACCGAGAGUUAAUAAAAAUUUCUGAGGGAACAGGAUUCAGGAUACACAUGAUCCACAAAGCAUCAGUGGCAGCCAAGAAAUUUGGACCUAAAUCAUCUAAGAAGUUUGAUAUUCUUGUGACUACUCCAAAUCGACUAAUCUAUUUGUUAAAGCAAGAUCCACCAGGAAUAGACCUAACAAGCGUGGAGUGGCUGGUAGUAGAUGAGUCAGACAAACUGUUUGAAGAUGGCAAAACUGGGUUCAGAGACCAGCUGGCUUCCAUUUUCCUGGCCUGCACAUCACACAAGAUCAGAAGAGCUAUGUUCAGUGCAACUUUUGCAUAUGAUGUUGAACAGUGGUGCAAGCUCAACCUGGACAGUGUCAUUACUGUAUCCAUUGGAGCAAGGAAUUCUGCAGUAGAGACUGUAGAACAAGAACUUGUCUUUGUUGGGUCUGAGACUGGAAAACUUCUGGCCAUGAGAGAACUUGUUAAAAAGGGUUUCAAUCCACCUGUUCUUGUUUUCGUUCAGUCCAUUGAAAGGGCUAAAGAACUUUUUCAUGAGCUCAUAUAUGAAGGUAUUAAUGUAGAUGUUAUUCAUGCAGAGAGAACACAGCAACAGAGAGAUAACACAGUUCACAGCUUCAGAGCAGGAAAAAUCUGGGUUCUUAUUUGUACAGCCUUGCUGGCAAGAGGGAUUGAUUUUAAAGGUGUGAACUUGGUAAUCAACUAUGACUUUCCAACCAGCUCAGUGGAAUAUAUCCACAGGAUAGGUCGGACUGGAAGAGCAGGGCAUAAGGGAAAAGCUGUUACGUUUUUCACCGAAGAUGACAAACCAUUAUUAAGAAGUGUUGCCAAUGUUAUACAGCAGGCUGGUUGUCCUGUACCAGAGUACAUAAAAGGUUUCCAAAAAUUACUAAGCAAACAAAAGAAAAAGAUGAUUAAGAAACCAUUGGAAAGGGAAAGCAUUAGUACAACUCCAAAAUAUUUCUUAGAAAAAGCUAAGAAUAAACGGAAAAAGGCCACUGGUCAGAACAGCAAGAAAAAAGUAGCUCUUGAAGACAAAAGUUAAAAACAGACCUUUUGAAAGACUAUCCCAGAAAUGUAAUUUUACUUUCCCAGUGUGAAUGUUGUUUUCAUAGAAUACUUCAAGUGUUACCAUCACCUGUACCAAACAUUUGAAACCAACUACAAGCACUGGGAUUGCUGAAAAAUGAUUCUAAAGUAUCAAUGCAUCAUGUCAAAUUUCAGUUUGUAUGUGACUUUUAAGUGAUUAUACAAUGGAAAUUUCAUUGACAUUUCUGUGGUUUGGAUACAGAGAGAUACUUCUUAUAGAAGAACAAAAGCUUAUGCUAAAAAUAACAAAACCCAAAUGUGGUGAACUCUUAUGGAUUUUUCCUUCAAGUGUGAAGGAAGGUGUGAUGUAUGCUGUGGAAAGGCAUCUGGAACAGAAUUUCAAAAUAAAGCCUUGAGACUGAAUGCUGCUUCCACCUCCAGACACUUUGAUGGAUGAGAUGAAGCACAGGCUAUCCACCAAGAAGAAACCUACUGCUCUUUAUUUUACUAUUUCUUAAUUUGUUCAUGGCCUUUUGUGGUGUGAGCCACAACAAAGAGAUGCCUCUUCUGAGGCUGGUUAUUCAAGUUCCCUAGGAUUUUAAUUUGUUGGUCUUAAGUGUCCUAUACCUCAUUGGUAAGGUAGCUUAUACCUUAGCUAUCAUAAUGUUGCAACUACAAGGUUAUGAUCAUCCUCUCCCUUUCUUCAUUUUCCAUCAUAUAACCAUGCUCUUUACUAUCUCUUUCCACUUAAGGUGAUUUUACUUGAAAAUUGAUAAACAUUCUAUCCUGAUAAGGAAGAAUGUUCCUGUUACUUUAUAUACCUCUGGCUUCAUUCUCUUACAGCUUAUCUUUCCUGAGGCAUGAUGAAUUUCAUCCAUUUAAGCAGGAUGAAAUUAGGUCUCUGCUAAAGGUAAAGGAUUAUGAUCAUAUGGUGAUGAAGACUAUUUGCUAUUAGAUUUUUCUCAAUUGCUAGUUUUGUACAGUGGUAUAAAAGAUUGAGUUUAUACAUGUAAGGUAAGAGACCUUAGACAUAUGUUAUCAGUACUAUAAUAUAGAUAACCUGUUCUCAGCAGUAUUUGAAUUAAACUUAUUUCCUUUACUCUCAGCCUUUUAUUCUGGAGUCAGGACAGGAAGACUCUGUCUUGACCAUUUUAGAUGGGACAAAAAUUGUUCAUCAGAAUUUAUUUAAAUAACCUGUUGCUACAGGGUGCAACGAA